AUGGAUUACCAGCAACCUGGCGGGCGCGGCUGCUAUAACUGCGGCGACAGCUCUCAUCAAGCCCGCGAUUGCCCAAAGCGUGGUACCCCCACCUGCUACAACUGUGGCGAAGAAGGCCAUGUCUCUCGCGAAUGCAAUGCUCCUCAGAAAGAGAAGGCCUGUUACCGCUGCAAUGAGGUCGGCCACCUGAGCCGAGAGUGCCCCAAUGCUGGUGCUGGUGCUGGUGGAGGAGGGGGCAUGGGCGGCGGAUAUUCUGGCGGAGGAGGCGGCCAAGAAUGCUACAAGUGCGGCAAGGUUGGCCACAUCGCUAGGAAUUGUACCGAGGGCUACGGUGGAGGUGGAGGAGGCGGCUAUGGAGGUGGAGGAUACGGUGGAGGAGGGUACGGAGGAGGUGCAGGCCGUGGAGGAGGCGGAGGUCAAACCUGCUACUCUUGCGGAGGCUAUGGCCACAUGUCUCGUGACUGCACCCAAGGCCAGAAAUGCUACAACUGUGGCGAGCAAGGACAUCUGAGCCGCGACUGCCCCUCGGAACCUUCUUCGGAGCGCGUCUGCUACAAGUGCAAGCAGCCAGGACACGUUCAGGCAGCUUGCCCCAAUUAA